AUGGCCACCGAACAGCCAGAUAUCCAUUUCAUCGGCACGUACACUCGCUACUCCAGCUGGACGAGCCGAGUUGAGGCGGUCUUGGAGUACUUCAAGAUUCCGCACACUCGCCAAUUCAUCAAGCUCUCCGAUGUGAAAACAGUUUCGCCCUCCGGCUACGUGCCCUUCCUGGAAUGCCGCUCUCUCGGCGGUACCAGAAUUUGCGACUCGCUCGCAAUCUGCGAAUUCCUGGCUGAAUCGAACCCCGAGUUGCCUCUCUGGCCUCGGGAUCGCCAAUUGAGGGCUCUCGCUCGCAGCGCCACUGCUCAGAUGCACUCUGGCUUCUCCGCGAUCCGGAACUCGUUCUCCACGAACUUCUUGGCGCAUUAUACAGGCAACGUCCCGAUCUCCGAGGAGGCGCACAAGGAGAUUCAGAAGAUGUUGAGUCUUUGGGAUACCGCUCGUAAGGGUACUAAGGAGCGCCUCGCGGCUCUGGGCGAGGCCGAUGAAGGAUUCCUGUUUGGAGGAUUCAGCAUUGCUGAUGCUUUCUUCUGGCCGGUUCUUACGCGAUUCCGUACAUAUGAACUGCCUUUGGAUUCCGCUAGCGAGGACGCUUUGGCGUGGAUGGCGAAGAUGUGGAACGAGCCGGUGUUCAAGGGACUAACUCACCGGUACUAUGAGCAGGCCAAGGACCCGGAAACUCGCAUCGAGCACUACGAUGAUAUCUUCCGGGGACAGGACGAUAUCCAUUAUGGCCAGUUCCCUGAGGAUUGGACAUUCUCCGUUCCCGGCAAAUAG